ACCUACAUUUUGGUUACAUAGCCAGACUUUCCUCUUCCAGUCCACAGAGCAGCAUGAUGAUUGUGAAGAUCCUGCUGGGUGUCUUGUAUCUCUCAGGGUGGCUCGUCCUCUCCAAAUGCCGUCGGUACCACUUUGUUAAUAAGUCUUUUACUUGGUAUGAGGCUCAGAGCUACUGCAGAAAGAACUACGUAGGCCUGGCCUGCAUUGAAAACAGUGAAGAAAUGAACCAACUUAUCAAUACAGCUUCAUCUGCUGGUUACAACUCUGAGGUCUGGAUUGGUGUUUACAUUCAUUUACAACGGCGUUCUGCAUCUCAGAAUGAUGAUGAUUCCUGGAACUGGAAAAAACAAAUUCAAAGUGAACCUUUCUUAGUUUCCUAUUUUUGUCAAAGCAUUUCAGUGAGUGGACAGUGGUAUUCCAACUGCUCAGUGGAACAUCCAUUCAUCUGUUACAAUGGAACUUCGCAGAGUCCUCAAUAUGUUCUUGUUAAUGAAAGCAUGGACUGGUUCCGAGCUCUGAGGUACUGCAGGGAGAACUUCACAGACAUACCCAGUUAUUCGAUAUCUAACAGUCAGUUGCAAAUACUGCUGCCAAAUGGGGAUCGAGCGUGGAUAGGCGUCAUUUCACAUCCUGAAAUUCGCCAGAGAGAUUGUGGCAACUCCUCAUUCAGAUACUGGGAUGACUCUGGAAUCAUUCCCAGCAUUUUUCGCUCAUUGUUUGGUGUUGCAGAUUUGCAGAGGUCAGGAAAAUGGAGGUUCACUGAGUAUUUCACAAAAAUCCCAUUUGUCUGCUUUGACAACCUGCCAGCUCCUGGAAAGGAAAAUGUUCAGAAAAAAGUAAUAAAAAUGAGCUUGAAUCUGGAGGACUUGUCUGUGGAUCUGAAUGACAGAGCUGUCAAAGCAAACCUCCUAACAAAGGCAAGUCUCUGCAAGUUCUAUAAGUGA